AUCUCUCGUUAUGACCUUAUGGGAGGUGAUAAGAAAACGAUGAGAUGAUGAACUGAACACAGACAAUUUGGUUGCCUGCGCACCUACUCGUAUUCAAAAAUGGCAGUUUUUUCAAAGCUUCAAUUACUUGGACAAGCAAUUCCUCCAAAACAAUAUGCACCUGGAGUGGUUGGAAUGCUUGCAGUUUUUGCAUUGAUUAAGUUAUACAAACAGGAUAUCAGAGGAACAAAACACUUGGUUGCAAAAACGAAGAAAGAUGGCUCAAAAGGGCAAAAAGCUCAUGUUGAUGGAGUUUUUCUGGGCAAACUGGCAAGAAUUCUGAAAAUUUUGAUACCUGGCUUCUUUUCGAAGGAAUCAUUUUAUCUUAUUCUCAUUGCAGUUUCUCUUCUUUGUCGUACUUAUGCAGAUGUUUACAUGAUUAUUACAUCGACAAAGAUUGAAGCUUCAAUCAUUGACCGUAACCCGCUUCUUUUCGCUCUUGAAGCAUUCAAAUACGUUCUGAAUCUGCCAGCAAUCUCCGUGACAAAUGCUAUUCUGAAAUUCGGAAUUGCUGAAUUGAAACUUCGUUUCCGUGAAAGAUUGUCCACUCAUUUGUAUUCACAAUAUCUUAAAGGAUUCACAUUCUACAAAAUGUCAAAUUUGGAUACUCGAAUUCAGAAUGCUGAUCAACUUUUGACUCAAGACGUCGAUAGAUUCUGUGAUGGAAUUGUUGAAUUGUACUCAAAUCUUUCAAAGCCAAUCCUCGACGUAUUCCUGUACCUAUUCCGUCUUGGAACAUCACUUGGAUUCUCUUCUCCAUCAAUUCUUUUCUCUUAUCUCCUUUUCACUGGAGUUGGGCUGACUUAUCUCAGACGACCAAUUGGAAGACUUACGGUAGAAGAACAAGCUUUAGAAGGAGAAUACAGAUAUGUAAACUCUCGUCUCAUUAUGAACAGUGAAGAAAUUGCAUUCUAUCAAGGAAACCAAAGUGAGAAGGAGACGAUUAUGAGCACAUUUGCCAGUCUUGUUCAACAUCUCAGAAAGAUUAUUCUUUUCCGAUUCUCUAUUGGAUUCGUUGACAAUAUAGUUGCAAAAUAUCUUGCAACUGUCGUUGGAUGGUAUGCAGUUGGAAGUUCAUUCUUCGAUAAACAACACAAACCAUUCAUCGGAAUGUCACGUAACCAGUUAAUGCAAGAAUACUAUAAUUCUGGUCGAAUGAUGUAUAAAAUGGCUGAAGCACUUGGAAGAUUGGCACUUGCUGGAAGAGAUAUGACUAGAUUAAGUGGAUUUACCAGUAGAGUUGAUACACUUUUGAAUGUUUUGGAUGAUGUGAAUAGUGGUAACUAUAAGAGAACAAUGGUUGGAGAAAAAGAAGAAUCUUCUGCAUUGAUCAAGAGUGAAUUAGUUGCUGGAUCAGGAAAUUUACGUGUUCAAGACAAUGUUAUCAGGUUUGAUAAUGUACCAUUGGUUACCCCAAAUGGAGAUGUGCUCAUUGAAAGACUUAACUUCGAAGUUCCAUCUGGUACAAAUGUAUUGGUUUGUGGACCAAAUGGAUGUGGAAAGAGCUCUCUAUUCCGUGUCCUUGGAGAACUUUGGCCACUUUUCGGUGGAACUUUGACAAAACCUGCAAAAGGAAAAUUAUUCUACGUACCACAGAGGCCAUACAUGACACUUGGAACUCUCAGAGAUCAAAUUAUUUAUCCAGAUAGACCACUUGACAUGAUUAGAAAAGGUGUUAGUGAUUCGGAUUUAGAGCAAAUGUUAGAAAAUGUUCAAUUAACACAUAUUCUUGAAAGAGAAGGUGGAUGGUCUGCAGUUCAAGACUGGAUGGAUGUACUGUCAGGAGGAGAGAAACAAAGGAUUGCGAUGGCUCGAUUGUUUUACCACAAACCACAAUUUGCAAUUUUGGAUGAAUGUACUUCUGCAGUUAGUGUUGAUGUUGAAGGAGCCAUGUACCGUCUUUGCCGCGAAAAAAACAUCACAUUAUUCACAGUUUCUCACCGAAAAAGUCUGUGGAAAUAUCAUGAAUAUUCACUUUACAUGGAUGGACGUGGAUCAUAUCGUUUCGAACAAAUUGAUGAUCAAUCUGAUCAAUUUGGAUCUUAAUUUCUUUUUAGUUACUACUGUCUCAAAAGCUGGUAAAAAAUGAAUAAAUUUAUUUGAAUAAAUAAGUUUUAAUUAAU